CCAUGUUUUUAGGCGCGGACACUAAGCUCUAUCAAUCGAACACGAUCGCCGAAGAAGUUCUCUUGGAAUCAUAAAAUGGUAAAAAAGAAAGAAAAGAAAAACAAGCUAGCCGCGCUAGCGGCUGCCGUAGAAGCUGCAGAGGAAGUUGAAAAUAAAAUGGACGAAAUGAGCGUAAAAGAUGACAAAAGAGAGGAGACACAAUCUGAUAAAAAGAGCGCUAAAGAGAGUACGAAAUCGAGUAGCAAACCUGCAGAAGACGAGAAAGAAUUGGGGGAAUUCUACGAUCACGAAGCCGAAAUACACCAGAAAGACGAAGACGAGGAUGAAUCAAAUGAGGCAGAUGGCGGCAAAAAACUAAGCAGAAAAGAAGAAAAGAAACGCAAGAAACAGGCGAAAUAUGCGGAGGAACUUGAAGAAAUGGAUUCAUCUCAGUUUUCAGUGUCACAGCAGGAAUCAUCAUCCAAGAAUGCUGUUCUGGAGAAUGCCCAGGACAUCAAGGUUGAAAAAUUCAGUAUUUCAGCCAGAGGAAAAGAACUUUUUGUUAAUGCCACCUUGAAUAUUACAAAUGGAAGAAGAUAUGGCCUUGUCGGUCCUAAUGGGAUGGGGAAGACAACACUUCUGACACACAUUGCAGAGAGAAAGCUUGCCAUUCCACCAAACAUUGAUGUUCUGCUUUGUGAACAGGACGUGAAAGCUGAUAAUUCACCUGCAUUUGAUGUGGUGCUGAAAGCAGAUAAGAAGCGUCUCCAUCUUCUUGAAGAGGAAAAAAGACUGAUUGCUCUCAGUGAGACAGGAGAUGAGUCCGCGAAUGAGAAGCUCAAAGAGGUCUACGUUGAAAUGGAAGCCAUCGGUGCCGCAUCAGCAGAGUCCAGGGCAAGACGAAUCCUUUCUGGUUUGGGAUUCACAACAGAAAUGCAACAGAGACCAGUCAAUCAUUUCUCUGGGGGCUGGAGGAUGCGUGUCUCCUUGGCCAGAGCUCUAUUCCUGGAACCAACUUUUUUGAUGCUUGACGAGCCGACUAACCACCUUGACCUGAAUGCUGUGAUCUGGCUUGACAACUAUCUGCAGAACUGGAAGAAGACACUACUGGUGGUAUCUCACGACCAGUACUUUCUGGAUAGCAUCUGCACAGACAUCAUUCACUUAGAUAUGCAAAAGCUUUCCUACUACAGAGGGAACUAUGCCCAGUUCAAGAAAAUGUACAAACAAAAGCUCAAGGAGCAAGAGAAAGCAUUUCAUAAACAGGAGAAACAGCUAAAGGACAUGAAGGCAUCUGGCCAGUCCAAAAAACAAGCGGAGGAAAAGACAAAGGCUCAACAAGGCAGAAAAAAUAAGAAGGGAGGGAAGAAAGGCGCAGAUGCAGAGGAGGAUGAUCGGCAGACUGUGGAAUUGCUAAAAAAGCCCAAGGAAUAUGUUGUGAAAUUCUCCUUCCCUAACCCUCCACCACUUAACCCACCCAUCCUGGGUCUCAAAGAUGUGGUUUUUGGGUACCCAGAUCAACCAAUACUCUUCAAGAACAUAGACUUUGGCGUGGACAUGAAUUCAAGAAUUGCCCUUGUUGGAAACAAUGGCGUCGGCAAGACCACAUUCCUCAAGUUGCUAUGUGGAAAUCUCAACCCCCUUCAGGGUGAAUUGAUAAGGAACCACAGGCUGCGUCUUGGGUUUUACAGUCAACACUCGGCAGACCAGCUCAAUCUAGAAGAAUCUUCAGUAGAAUACUUACAGUCUAAGUACAAUCUGGACUACCAAAGUUCCAGGAAACAUCUGGGUCGAUUUGGUCUUGCCAGCCACGCCCAUACCAUCAGAAUAAAAGACUUAUCAGGUGGCCAGAAGUCUCGUGUUGCGUUUGCAGAUAUGGCGCUUAGUAACCCGGAUGUCGUAAUUUUGGAUGAGCCGACCAACAACUUGGACAUAGAAUCAAUAGACGCCCUCGCCGCUGCUAUUAAUGAGUUCACAGGAGGGGUCAUACUAGUGAGCCACGAUGCUCGCCUUAUCCUGGAGACUGAGUGCCAGCUCUGGGUGGUGGAGAACAAGGAAAUAAAUGAGGUCGAGGGAGACUUCGACGAUUACCGACAGGAGAUACUCGACAAACUAGGUGAAGAGAUGGUUGGCAAGUCACACCGCUGAACAUGCGGGGCUCUACCAACAGGGCAGCAACGAAGUGACUUAGGUAUCUCCUACAGGAAAUUACGUCAUCAAGACAGACAGGCAAUCGAUAAAGCAAUAAGCAUCUCGGAGAAGAUGGCUUCUUCAUCCGCCUUACAAUGGAUUAUCUCGAGAAUGGACGUCCCGACUUGAAAUAAGUAAUACUUUACAAUUCUAUGAGGCUUUGAAAUGGCGCUGGAUUAGUCGCUAACAUUCCUGACUCAAGGUCAGUGCACGCCCAGGCUCCUAUAAGAUGACGUCAAUAACACUGACGUCGUAUCUGACGUCAAGGUGGCGACCUCAUGAGCUGAAAACAUUGACAUUAUAAUUGAUGGAAUGCGUAAAAGCGAGUAUAAAAUCUGCAAUCUUAAGUAAACACUGCUCUCAUUGCAAA